CAAAUCGUUGGCACCGCGUCUACUUCCGCAAGGAUAACUGCCGCACAAUCCGUUCAGCCAGAGCGAGAAGAGACAUGGUCCUUGAAGAACCCCGCGACAAGCAUGAACGACGAUGGCCGAGGAUCCCGUACUCCAUGGCUAUCAUGGUUGUUACGCUACUGACGGCCGCGGCGAUCACUGUGCCUCCGGUCAUUCUCCUUGUCACUGGGGGGAGCAGCUCCGUUGCAAAGACUCUCGAGAUCUUGCAAGCCAGGAUAUCAACCGAUGUCUCGAGAAAUGUCCUUGCGCUCACAGGCACAUGCUUUAGGACCAUCGACGACACGGAGGCGGGAACGAUCUUUCUGGAGUUUCUAUAUGCGUUCUCGCAGAACAUCAGCGUCUCGCUAUAUGACUUUGGCAUACCCCUUCAACUGGAGAUGAUGAACACUGCAGAUCGGUACGGGACCACCACUGCGUUAUUCACGAAAGGCGGUGGAAACACGUUAGACGCUUGGUUCGUGAGCGUAAACAACAGCGUAGCGAAAUUAUGCUCAAACUUCAAUGUGACGCAUGUGAACUGCACUGUGGGAAACAUGAGCAGAAUCGGAGACGAUCUAUUGAAUCAAACGAUCAAGUACGAUGUGUUUGAUGUCAUACUGAGGCCGAAAUCGGAAGAGACUUCAGUAAAGUCUCCAACACCGCUUGAACGAUGGAUUCCAACAAUCUGGUUCUUUCUCGGCGGCAGAUUGUUCGCCAGCACGGCAUGCGGAAAGUCGCUCUGGCUCCGCGACGCGCCUACACACCCACCUUACAAUGACGAUUUCUCUGUCCAAUUCACGGCAGUGUUCAAUGCGGAGGUGCUCGUAACAUACCUGGCUACCCUCCUUCCCACUCCCAAUACGAUCUUAGCGCUGAUUGAGACAACAGGAAAUCUGCUGGCUACGAAUCGAGAUAACUUGCAAGUGAACGGUGCUGGCACGGGUCCUGCUCACAUCAUUGAUGUCCGGCAGUCCGAUCUCCAGACCGCGGCCAAGCUCAUGCUCGCUCGCCACCAGAACUGGACCCUGGUCCCAGCAUCCCACAACGAACGCGUCUCUAUGCCGGACAAACGCACCCUCAUCGUUACCCUGAAGCGGAUCACGGACAGCCGCGGUCUAGACAUGAUCCUCUUCAUCGUCAUCCCGGAGGAUGAUCUACUGGGCCAGCUGAAGACCAAGAUCAACUCAGCGAUCGUGACGGGGGUGGUCGUCACCGCUGCAAUGCUUCUCAUCGCGUGUGCGAUGAGCUACUUCAUUACGUUGCCGUUAAAGACGCUGAUUCGGGGAAUGCAAGCGGCCUCCAACUUCGACUUCUCCGAAUUACGGAAACCUGGCCAAACCAUUACCACCUCGGUUCUGGCGGAACUGGGAACCCUUCAAGGAACAUUCACCCGACUAUCGGAAACAAUGUCAAAGGCCGUCGAUCAGAACCGGAACCUCGUCAACAACAUGGUGCGCCAGCGGUCGCAAGCAAGUGAUAACCCAGUGUCGCCAACACGAGUGGCACAACGAGAAGCAACAGGGACGACGAGUUCCUCGGGAAACCGGACGACGAAGAGAGAGUCGACUGGCCGAAGUUGAGAUUGAGAUUACAGGGUCCCGUCCAUGAUGCGCUGAGAUGUGUAAAUAGAGGCGGGUUGAAUAUUGUUGUUGUACUGUACUGUAUGUAUACAGCCGUCCGAUGUUACUGUAUUUCGUACUUUUCGUAUGUGUCUUGGGGGAUUUCCGUCGACGUCCGCUUCUGAACAACCAUGUAGGUUGUAUUCGAC